AUGGGAACAAAAGCUAAGCCCCUGCGGCAAUUGCCCUUAUUCUGGCCACCUGUAUCAUAUGGAGUGCUUCUGCAGAAUGGCAACGAAGCUUCUCUUACCCAAACCUGCGCCACCGGUAACUUCAAAUACGUCAUUCUCGCAUUUCUCCCCGUCUUUGGAAAUGGCCAAACAUCGCAGCUAAAUCUAGCGGGCCACUGCGACCCUUCCUCCGGCGGCUGCAAAUCACUGAGCGCCGAAAUAAAAUCAUGCCAACAGAGAAACAUAAAGGUGUUUCUGUCCUUGGGAGGAGGCGCUGGAAGCUAUUCCAUCGCCUCUGCUCAAGAUGCACAGAACGUUGCGAACUAUCUGUGGAACAAUUUCCUGGGUGGGAGUUCUUCGUCGCGGCCUCUAGGCGACGUCGUUUUAGAGAGGAUCGACUUCGACAUCGAGGCAACGACUAAGCACUGGAACGAUCUCGCCAGAGCGGUGUCUGCGCUUUCCUCUCACGGCGGCAAAAAGGUGUUCCUCAGCACUGCUCCGCAAUGUCCUUUUCCCGACGCCUAUGUGGGAAAGGCUCUGCAGACUGGGAUUUUUGACUUUGUUUGGAUUCAGUUUUACAACAAUCCCCCUUGCGAAUACGGCAAGGGAGACGCUUCCAAUCUGGUGAGCUCGUGGAACAAGUGGACCACUUCCAUACCAAAAACUACGAGUUUCUUUUUGGGAGUUCCGGCUUCCAGCGUCGGUGCAAGUAGUGGGUUCAUUGCCCCCGCUACGCUGAAGACGAACGUGCUGCCUCAGAUCAAGAAGUCGUCCAAAUAUGCGGGAGUAAUGCUGUGGUUCAAGUUCUAUGACGAGCAAACUCAAUACAGCUCAUCUAUUAAAGAUUCUGUCUGAGAUGAGAGAUGUUCGUCACUUGAGCUACAGGCGUAUAGUAUAGUAUAUAUCAUGUUAAAUAAUACUCAACCCUCCUGUAUUGGACUGUAAGUAGAGAAUACUCGAGUUUAAAUAAUGCUCUUUGCUA